AUGUCACAUUACGUUAUUAAUUUUGAAGAUAUUACGAAACGAAUAAAUACAUUUGACAACGCUAAAUGGCCAGGAUUUUAUUCCAAAGAAAUAGAAAAACCUAAGCGCAAUGAUGAAACUGGAAUAUACACCGCUGUUAAUCUCUGUGGAGAAGUUAUAUUAAAUACCAAACUGUUACCAGAGUCCAUCAUUACUUGUUUUGACAUCCUAGAAUACGCCAUGACUAAAUGGCCAGAUUAUCCUUUCUUAGGCUAUAGAAAGGCGGAGGUUGGAUUAAACGGUACGGUCAAACUUGGAGAAUACCUUUGGUACAGCUAUAAGGAUGUCCAUAGAAUGACCGUAAUUUUUGGCUCGGCGCUACUAUCUUACGAUGGUGGUAUUGAAGACACGGUUAUAGAUGAUUGUGACUACGUAAAAUCAGCCAAGUUUGUUGGGAUUUUAGCCAAGAACUCUCCAAAGUGGCUCAUCAUAGAUUAUGCCUGUUCGGGUUACAAACUAGUAUCUGUUCCCCUGUAUGAGACUUUGGGCAUCCAAAGCAUUUUACACAUUGCAAAUCAGACAAAAAUGAAGAUUUUAUGCACAGAUUCUUCUAAGCUCCAACUUAUCUACGAAAACCAAGAACAUCUAAUUCAUCUAAAAUUAAUAAUCACUCUAGACGAUAUUAGCAAGGAUGAUGAGAACUGUGUCAAGAAGCUCAAAUUUAAAGUCAUCACUUUUGACACUCUCAUAAAAAUGUACGAACACAAAAUGUCCGAUCCUUUUAGAUCCACACCCAAAGACUUGGCAACCAUUGUAUAUACUUCAGGUACAACAGGAGUACCAAAGGGCGCUGUAUUUACUCAUGAAACAUUCGUAGACCAUCUUAAAAGAUAUUUAUCAGUGGGAAACAGAUUAAAAUUGCAUAUGGGCGUAAGGACCUUGAGUUUCCUCCCCUUGGCCCACGUGUACCAGCGCUUCAUCGAGCAUGCGAUAGUAUCUUUUCGUUGUCAAAUCGGUUAUUUUAGCGGGGAUGUUAAAUCAUUAAUGGGAGAUAUAUAUGCACUUAAACCCACUUUUCUAGUUGGGGUUCCACGGAUAUUUAACAAAAUACAUGAUAAAAUAUCUAAGGGCAUUUCUGAAAAAUCACAUUUCGCACAAUUUCUGGUUAAAAAAGCAAUUGAAAUUAGAGCUAAAUCGUUUAGGGAGAGAAUCUGUCCAAUAAAAUUGUUUUUUGCUAACAUAAUAUUGUCAAGAAUCACAAAUUUGUUUGGUGGAAAAUUGAUUACCAUGGUAACUGGAUCUGCACCUUUAAGCUCUAAAGUUUCGUUUGAGAUCCAAGGAAUGCUGGGCGCUAUACUAACUGAGGGUUGGGGUAUGACUGAAAAUGGUUUUACCAUUGUUCGCGAUUGUAUGGACAAAGAUCACACUGUAAUAGGCGGUCCUCUUGGCAUGAUACAAUUUAAACUCCGUUCACUACCUGAACUUAACUACUUGGUGACAGACAAUCCGCCAAGGGGUGAACUUUUUGUUAGAGGAAAUGGAAUUUUCAAGUGCUAUUUUAGGAAUAAAGUUUUGAGCGCCGAAACUAUUGACAGUGAGUGUUGGAUGAGCACUGGAGACGUGGUGGAAAUUACAGCCACAAAGGCGAUUAGGAUUAUUGACAGGGCUAAAAGCAUUUUUAAGCUUUCCCAGGGAGAAUACAUUGCUCCUGAUAAACUGGAGAAUAUUUAUUCAACUGUUGAUAUGGUGGAGCAAAUUUACGUACACGGGCAGCCAGACAAAUCUUUCUUGGUGGCAAUAAUAGUAAUGUUACCUGAGAGGUUGGAGAAGUGGAUGAAUGAGAACAAGGAAAAGAAUAAGGCUAAAUUGGAUGAAUUAUUAGAGACGCAUCUUCUGGAUCAGUUGGACCAGGUGGCCAAGAGCAACUAUUUUAACCCACUGGAAAGGAUAAAGAGGGCCUAUAUAACGACCGAACCCUUCACUAUAGAUAAUGGACUGAUUACUCCCACGUUUAAAAACAUUAGGAAGAAUAUUGCAAUGUACUAUAAGACGCAGAUUGAGGAUAUGUACAGGUCCCAGGAAAACUACUUGUCAACCAUUAAAUUUUAG